CCACAGUGUUCUGUUUCGUACGUCGUCAUUGAGACAGUAUAUCCCUAUUCAUAUCUCACACUUGGCUUCAGCGACGUGGUUUUUUAUACCCUUUCAACCAGUUGAGACAUCUCGUCUAUUCACUUCGCCAUAUAAACAAACCCACGCAAACGAUACUCUCACCGCCGCUACCAAACGAGGCUGGCCAGCCGUCAUUUCCUCUGAAAAAGCGAAACUAGAUAUCGUCGUCGCAUAUCUGGGACCCAGAUUUCGGACUCGGAUUUCGAAGAUUGUACCAAAACUUCAAGGCGCAUUGAGGUAACUCUCAUCCUACCGUCCGCCAGUUGGCGGCACCAGCGCUGCGAUGGCGCCAGCUCCGGUCGAUGGACUCUCGCCGCCGGGGAGCAGCACAUACUCCUCAAAUACACUCUACGUCGGCGAUGGAACAUGGGACAGCCAGAGGAACACGUUCCUGCUCCCCAAUUUGGUGGGACUGAACUUUGAGACGAUGCGAUAUAACGGCAUGGGAAACCGUUUUGCAUCGCAACCACAAUAUCAUUACCUGAUUAGGGCACAUGGGAUCAUUGCGGUGAUCGUAUUCCUCCUCCUGAUCCCGACUUCGAUCUUGAUGUCCAGGUUUUACGGCAAGAUACCGGGACGAGGAGUGAGGGUACAUAUAUACCUCAACAUUCUCGCACUAUUCCUCUCGACAGUCGUCUUUAUUCUCGGCUUCAUGGCCGUGGGCCCCUCGCGCAGCCUCACGAACCCGCAUCAUGGACUUGGCGUCGCUAUCUACGUCUUGAUUAUCUGGCAAACCUUGGUUGGCAAUUGGAUUCGCAAGAAGUUCAAGAAGAAGAUGUACAGACGCCCUCCUAUCAAGUUGAUGAUACAUCAGUGGAUGGGGCGAGCUACUGCGAUUCUGGGGAUUAUUCAGGUCCCGCUUGGCCUGGUUCUUUAUGGUAGUCCAAAGUGGACGUUCAUCCUCUACACGCUGUGGAUGACGUUCCUCCUGAUAUUCUACUUCAUCGCCCAACACAGGGCGUACGGAGACACCCAUCACCACGGGGGACAUGGAGGACACCUAGAGGGCGGAACGGUUAUUGAAGAAAAGAAGAGCGGUGGUUGGGGGAAGUACUUGGCACCUCUCGCAGCAGGCGCCGGCGCUGUCUGGCUCGGAAAGAAGUUCUCACACAGACACGAUGACGACGAUGAAGUGGUUCCAUCUCGCCGCGGCUCUCGACGCGACUCUCGACGUGACUCGGCCAGCUACUUCACUGAAGAUGAAAAGCCAGACCACAAAGAAGGCGGAGGUCUCUUCAAGAAGCUGAUGCUCGGUGCAGCUGUAGCGGGCGCGGGCAUUUUUGCCAAGAAGAAGUAUGACAAGAGGCAUGCGCACGAUGACGAAUAUUCCGCUGUGGCUGGUGAUACCCCAAGUCGCAGACCCUCCAGACGACAUGAACCCAUUGGGAGCGAUUACACUGAAUCUACCAUUGAAGUCCGACGAGCAGAUGACCGCCCAGGACACAGCAAGCUUCUCCCCGCCGCUGGUGGCGCCGCAUUAGGUGCACUAGGCGCAGCAGCUAUUGGUGCUGCUAAACGCCCCAGGACACCGCCGCCAGUUAAAUCCCCACGGAGAAACCCAAGACGCGAUAGUUUCGACACUUACACGUCCAUUGCAUCCCCAUCUCGCGUCAAUGAAAGUGGUGGGCAUGGAGCUCGAAAUGGUAUACUCGCAGGCCUCGGACUCGGUUGGUUGGGCAAGAAAUUCAAGGAUCGCAAGGACGAUCGUGAGCAAGAGCGCCUCGACGACAUCCGCCGCCAAGAGCUUGAGGAUGAGAAGCGAUUAGAAGCAGAGCGUCGAUAUGGAAACCGCCCACCGCGAUACACAGGAGAUGGACACCGCCCACCCAGGAGACAUGAUUACGAUGAAGAGAGUGACCUGAGCUCCGACUUCACAAGCCUCCACCCCCGCAGAGCCGGCGACCCCAUCCCCCCAUCAAACCUUGGUCCAGGCGCACCACCAGUACCAAUCGGCGCACAAGGCAGCAGACACGACAUCGUCGAUCCCGUGCCCAUGCCUACCGGCCCACCUCGAGACGGCCACGACCGCUUCGAAGACCCCUACCUUCCUCGCCGCCAAAGCUCGCGCUCUCGUCGCGACGCCGAAGCCGCAGCCGCAACCGCUGGCGCCGUACUAGCAGCCAGCGAAGUCGACCGCCGUCGUCACCGUAGCCGUAGCCAAGGCGGCGGAUACCGUGACGACGAAAGGGACGGCUCUCGCCCCUCUGCCACGGUCAAGGUGCGCGUCCGUCCCGAGGAUGUGACGUUGCAACGCCUAACUCGCGAGGAGGCCGCAGAGCGCGACGCUCGCAGACGCCGCAGACACUCGCUCUCGGACUCGGAGGUCUCAGCUGGGCCUUCCGGCAGAUACCGACGAGAUGAGAGUGCUAGCCGGCAAGCGGCGGAGCGACGAGCUGAGAGGCGCGCAGAGGCAGAUCUAGAGCCUCUGAGCCCACCAAGGCCGGCGUUUGCGAAAGGUAGGGCAAAGGAUAGCGCGUAUUACUCCGGACCGUCGGGUGGGAGCGGAAGGCCUAGUGGGCCGGAGAGUAUAGGGAGUCCAGACAGUGGGCCCGCGUAUAGCGGGAUGAGUCCGACGGGGACGGGGAUGAGUGAGGACCCGGCAGAGAGGCGAAGGAGGAGGAGAGCAGAAAGGAGUAGAGCGGGUAGCCAGGGAGGGCCGCCUGAGUUUACUUGAGGAGUGGUAGAUAGGGAUGUAGGGAUGGGCGGCGCAUUUAUGGUGUUGGAGCGUUUGAUUUUGAUUUAGGUGGGAUUUUGGGACGAUGGUAGGAUACCCGUCUUCAGAUGGUGGGAUGGGAUAUGUACAUGUAUGAAUUGGGAUGUGUAAUGUGCAUAUUUACAGCGCGUGGUCGCUGCUGUUAGAAGCAUCCACAUACAUGAGAUAUGAGAAUAGGAAGACGUUUAUGUGCUCUUACAAGAUCGUGUAGCUCUGUUACUUGUGAGAAUAAAAUAUCCGAUAAUGAUACCCCAAG